UACAGCGUCUCCUUUCCUGGUGAUGGAAGCCCAGACAGAAGCUGAGCUGUGCUUCCCGCUGCUCGUCAACUCCUCCUGCAGGAAGCCGAUGAAUCACCCCGAGACGUUCUUCAUCUACGUCCUGUUCUCCUGCAUCUCUGUGGUGACUGUGGCUCUCAACCUGCUGGUCAUCGUCUCCAUCUCCCACUUCAGGCAGCUCCACACUCCCACCAACCGCCUCCUCCUCUCUCUGGCCGUCUCCGACUUCCUGGUGGGUUUCCUGCUGAUGCCGGUUCGAAUUCGCCUCAUGGGAAACUGCUGGCUGUGGGGGAGCUUCAUGUGUGCCUUAUUUCGAUACACCUCCUUCAUCAUCACAUCUUCAUCUGUGGGGAACGUGGUGCUGAUAUCAGUGGACCGCUUUGUCGCCAUCAGCGACCCUUUGACCUACCAUGCCAAAGUCACACAGAGCAGAGUCCAGGCCUGUGUGUGUCUGUGUUGGGCCACAUGUGUCCUUUACAACGGCGCCAUCCUGAGCGACUUCCUGACUCAUCCACAGUUGUACUAUUCCUGUUACGGACAGUGUGGUAACGUCCUGACGUACGUAUCAGGAGUUGUCGAUGUCAUAAUCACAUUCAUUUGCCCCAUCACUUUGAUCAUAGCUCUGUAUGUGAGGGUGUUUGUCGUGGCCGUGACUCAGGCUCGAGCUGUGAGGUCUCACGUUGCAUCUGUCACGCUCCAGGCCUCGGCCGGCGUCGCUGACAUGAAGUCAGAGAGGAAAGCAGCCAAGACGCUCGGUGUGGUUGUGCUUGUGUUCUUAAUGUGCUUCUGUCCAUAUUUCUAUCCAUCUCUCGUGACCCAGCACACAUCCACCACAUUUUCAGCCUUCGGCCUCUGGCUGCUUUACUGUAACUCCUGUUUCAAUCCCCUGAUUUACGCUUAUUUCUACCCCUGGUUCAGAAAAUCAAUCAGACUCAUUGUUACGAUGCAGAUACUCCGCCGUGACUCCUGCGAUGCCAAUGUGCUGCAUUAAAGCCUGUGCUGUGGGAAACAGGAAGACAGAGGAUAGUGAUUUUGUUUGCCAACUAAUAGCUGAACCUUGAACAUUGUAAUCCUCACCUACAGUAUUUAU